AUGAUAGAUGGAAUUUUUGCUCCACAAGAAGCUGAAGAAAUUAAGAAUAUUCCGUUAGCUAGAAAAGAAACGGAAGACUCUUUAUUUUGGCCGUUGGAGAAUGAUGGGAGGUAUACUUGUAAGAUGGGUUAUCGGUUUUUGAAGGAAGAUGAAGUUGGUCAUCAGGUGGUUGUGCAGCAAGAUCAUGAGAAAGGGCUUUGGAAGAAAAUUUGGGCUCUUGAAUGCCCAAAUAAAGUUAGAAACUUAAUUUGGAGAGCUUGCCAUAAUUCCCUCCCUUCGAAGUGCAAUCUAUUCCGGAGGAGAAUUAUUUCAGAACAAUGUUGUGAUCGUUGCAAGGCAGAAAAUGAAGACGCUGUACACGCUUUGUGGAGUUGCAAAAUGUUGGACGGCGUUUGGGGUACGAGUAAUUCAUGGAAUUUCCGGAACCAACAAGACUUUACAAGUUUCAGUGAGCUCAUGGCCUGGAUUUUCGAUCAUCAAAGGAACCCAGCACUGUUCGCAUUCACCGUUUGGUCCAUCUGGCAUCAGAGAAACCAGUCACGGACUCAGUCAUCCCAUCGACCUCUGAACCUCAUUUCACAGUGGGCUCACGACAACUGGGCAGAAUUUAAGGCGUUGAAAAUGGCUCCAGCUCCGAGUAGACCAACGAGAAGAACACGAUGGAAACCUCCAGUCCAGGAAAUGAUGAAAAUAAAUUUCGAUGGUGCCAUUUUUGCUGAGGAAAAGAGCUCUGGUUUGGGUGUUAUUAUUCGGGACAGGAAGGGUCUCGUUAUUGCAUCUAUGGCCACUCGGAUUCCUCAACAGCUCCGGCCGGUGGAGAUUGAAGCUCUGGCUGCUAGCAAAGCUCUUGAGUUUGCUAGAUAG